CUUUCACAGUACCACGAUUAUCUUUCACACUCACCAGAGCACUCUCCCAUCAGUAAGAACUACAGUGGUCUUUACCUUCCAGUCAACAUCUAGCUGUCUCACGAUGAAGUCCACAAAGUACGAAUUCGGGCCAGCUGAUACUGGCGCGCGGCUGUUCUCUUCAAAGACCGAGAGAGUCAAAGUUAUACGAAUACAGAGUGGUGAAAACAAAGAUCCAGCGAUAUCAGAGAUCACGAAAGACACUGAGCUUGCUGAUCACAUUGAGAACAUCAGAAGUACCGGACACUCUAUAAUGUCUGCCUGAUUUCCUCUGUCGUGCUGCUGAAAGAGAAGAGCUUUAUGCUAAUCUGCCUAUUUCACAAGUGCUGUCUACAAAAAACACUCGUGGAGCUCUAUGCAGAUCUCCCGCUCGGAUAUGGAGCGCAUCCUUGACGAAUAUGAGGCGUUCUCACCAUUGACAUUAAUCUUCAAAACCUUCGGUGUACAAACCCGGGAAUAUAUCGAUCCUGAGGGCUUCUUCAUAUCCAGAAUGUCUAAAAGGGGCCUGCAAGGUAGCCCAGUAUACGAGAUGUGCUAUAAAUUCUUCUACGUCGCGGAAAAUGGGCGUGGCCGAGGAAGUCCAUGGUCACUUCGUCAAAUAGGGUUAUACCAGCAAGUCUGUUCGCAGACAGGCAGCUGCCAUUUUCUGUUGCUUCAGCCAGCUCAAAAAGUACUUGACCUGAUUGAAAUAUAUCUGAGCGAGUUCGCUACUCGGAGAGCCAGCCCAUUGAGGCUUCACUGUAUGAUAGCCCGAUGCAUGAUCGCCAAUUGGGCCGAAUACCUACAGCAUAUCUACAAAAGUAUCUCGGAUCUGGAUGAAAGAGCCUGUUUCUCCCAGGUUGAUCCCCGACCAAAACGUGGUUUCGAAGUCUCGUUCUCGGAUUGCCAGACCCUGCAGAUCCAUCGACAAAAGCUCCUACACGCUUCUAUUAUUCUAGAUCGGUACAUUAACUUGUUUCAACGGUUUGCGGAUGACGCUGCUUCCCUGAAGCUGACGUUUCCCGAUGAGGAUUGGAAUGCAAUACCCAAGCAACUUGCUGCCCACGAGUCGCAAAUCAGGACUCUGCAAAAGUUUACUGAGAUGAUUCUUCGGCAAUCAGAGGGGACAAGCACAUUAUUGUCAAAAAUUAUCGACUCUCGGAACAGCAACCUCUUGCAUGCAGCCACACUUACCAUGCAAAAUCACCUCGCCCUUAUCAAUAAGACUUCCAACAAAUCCCAAAAUGAUCUCAUGGCCAUGGUGUCGCUUACAAAGCAAAAUGCACAAGCAAGCAAAACAGUAAAAUUCCUGACACUAACCGCCACCACCUACCUUCCGCCCACCCUGAUGGCAACCAUCUUCAGCUCCAACCUAAUUCAGCUUUCGGGUCAGGUUGUUCCAGGCCAGAGUGAUGCCCAGCGCCAUUAUGUUCUCCAUUCACAAUUCUAUCUCUAUGUCUUAGGCACUUUGGGCCUGACGACGCUUACUCUAGGUGCGAUCUGGUUACAUGGCAGAGGGAUCAAGCUGCUUCGUCAUCUAUUAGGGCUUAACUCUGUUCUCCGAAAUACCGCCGGACCCUCGAAGGUCUAACAGGUCCCAACGAGCUAGUUGAAGGCCGGGCAUUCUAGAUAGCGUGCCCAGCUUGCGAAAUUAGGAACGCACAUCUUGCCCCUUAUUUUCAAUUGAUGGGAAAUUGAAAGGGGGCUUCUGGCAUAAAAUUUUGAAGAGUGACACCUGCUUUGAGUCUAUUAUACAUCGCACACGUUCAUGGAAAAGAGAAAAAGAAUCUAGGAAAGUGGCCCAAUGUACUAUCUUAACAUACAGCCAUGAGACUUAUAUUUGAC